AUGGCGGCACCCGGCGGAGCGCUUACGCUCCAUGUGGACGCAGAAGGCAAGGCGCGGUACGAUGCUAUCGUGCAACAGGGCCGCCGCGACGGCCAGCACGUACAGUCGCAAUUCAAGGACCUGAUCCCCCUCUCGGAGCGUGAAGAGUCCAAGGACCAGAAGCGGUCGUUGGAUCGCCCCUCGGAAGAGGAAGUGUCUGCCACGGCGGACCGUACGCGCCAGGCACUCGAGCAGAUUGUGCACGGCAAGAUCAAGGCGGCGCAGCCCAAGAAUGUGCCGAACAGCAGCGGGAGCACGUCCUAUCUGCGCUAUACGCCUGCUUCUCAGGGCCAGGACGGCAAGAAGCAGCGCAUCAUCAAGAUGUCCGAGGUGGUCGAGGACCCGCUGGAGCCGCCGCGGCACAAGUUCAAAAAGGUGCCGGGCGGCCCCCCCAGCCCCCCGCCGCCGGUCCUGCGCAGUCCCCCUCGCAAGGUUACGGCACAGGAGCAGAAAGAGUGGAUGAUCCCCCCCUGCAUUUCGAACUGGAAGAACAACAAGGGUUACACUAUUCCCCUGGACAAGCGCCUCGCGGCAGACGGUCGCGGCCUGCAAGACGUGUACAUUAAUGAUAACUUUGCGCAGUUCUCCGAAGCGCUGCACCUCGCCGACCGCCAUGCGCGCGAGGAAGUGCGCCAGCGCAACCAGAUGCAAGAAAAGAUUGCUGCGAAGGAGAAAGCGAUGCGCGAAGAGAACCUGCGCUCGCUUGCGCAGCGUGCGCGUGAGGCGCGUGCCGGCGUUGCGCCCUCGAACGGCAGCCGUGUUGCUGCGACCGGUGGCGAGAUGCCUGCGGCGAUGGCCGGCUACGGCAGCAGCGACAGCGACGACGAGGAGGACGACGAGGCGGCGGCCGAGCGUAACCGCCUGCGUGAGGAGCGCCGCCGCGAGCGCGAGCGCGAUCUGCGCAUGAGCAAUAUGGGCAAGGAGCAACGCGCGCGCGCCUUUGCCAAGGAGCAGAACCGCGACGUUUCCGAAAAGGUCGCGCUUGGCCUCGCGAAGCCGACGAUGAGCAAAGAGUCGAUGACCGACGCGCGUCUCUUCAACCGCGAGUCGUUGUCGAACACGUUUGGAAGCGACGACUCGUACAACCUCUACGACAAGCCCCUGUUCCAGGGCUCCUCGGCUGCUGCAGCCAUUUAUCGCCGCCCUGGAACCGGCGGUGCAGACGACAUCUAUGGAGGGGGCACCGAGAGCGGGAUCAGUGCUGAGCUCGAAAACGACCGCUUCGGCCUCGGGAAGUCCAAGGGUUUCGAGGGGUCACAGUUCCAAGAGCAACGUGCAGGUCCCGUGCAGUUCGAGAAGGAUGCCAGCGAUCCAUUCGCUAUUGACCAAUUCCUCGAAGAGGCCAAGCGCGGCACGAAACGUGCGGGGCUCGAAGACCCUGCGCACGCGAAGCGCCCCCGUGACACCUCGCCAUAG